AUGAAGGACUUGAUGUCUCGGAAGUUCGACUUUGAAGACUUUGCUACGGUUACACUGACUCAGACUUGUAGUGCUGUUGUGACGAGACCCAUAGCUGAUAAGCUGUCUGACCCAGGAAGUUUCACAAUUCCAUGCACAAUAUGCAUUGGAAGAGCUAGAUCCACGUCCAUGUUACUACAACUGGCUGACCGGACAGUGAAGAGACCCUCUGGUAUCCUUGAUGAUGUAUUAGUACAGGUUGGGAAGUUUGUGUUCCCAACAGAUUUAGUCAUUCUUGACUUUCAGGUUGACGAGGAGAUUUCCAUAAUUUUCGGACGACCAUUCUUGUCCACUGGGAGAGCUUUAAGUGACAGUGAAACUGGAGAGCUCAAAAUGAGAUUAAAUUAUGAAGAAAUAACAUUCAACGUGCAUAAAUCUAUGCGGUGA